GUAGGUUUUCAAGGGCAGUGAAUGCAGCAGCAGCGAGCAGCAGUUUAGCAAUUUCCUAGAAUCGGUUUGGCUCACUUCCGGCGCGCAAAGUUUUCUGAUAAGUCAUCCUAUAGUACGUGCACCUGCACUUCAAGUUUUUAAGUCCAAAGAAAAGAGAAAAGCGAGAGGUUAUGAGUAUAGAACAGUAUAGAAAGUGUACCCAAAAGGAGUCGAAGGGAACAGAUUCUCGGACACGCGCAUUGAAAAUUUAAAAUCUGAGGCUUUGGAAUCCUGAGUCAAAUCAGAUCGGCGGGACGUCGUCGAGCAUGGCUUUGCUUCGACGAAUUCGACCAGCAUACAGACUCUUCGGCGAAGGUGUCGUCGUAGUCAUCUUUUCGCGUCGAGGUAACGCUGUUCCAUCUUUCAGAACGUGCUGCUUUUCGACGGCGUCAACGAAACAGCGACAGCAUCAACAACCAGAGACCAAUAACGAAGUGAAAAACUGCGACAGUCGGUCGAGCGGUGACAAGAAACCGGUCAUCGACGAAACGACGAUCCGGAGGAUUGAGAGACUGGCACUGGUCGGCUUUGAGUACAGGCAGAGCAAACGGGUGCUGGAGGAGGCAAUAGCGUUCACCGAGCGGCUGCGGACGGUCGGCAUCGACGAGACCGUGCGUCCGAUGUACAGCACCCUGGAGAACGAUUGUAUUCACCUGCGGGACGACGUGGCGCGACACGACGUCGAGCGGCGCGAGAUACUGAAGAACGCCGCAGUGUUAGAAGAAGAGUACUUUGUCGCGCCACUGGCGACAAACAAGGAAAAGGAGAGCGAGCCCAAACGAUGAGUCUAGAAGCUGUGUUGA